CUUGUAUGAACAGUUACUUGAGUCUGAAAGAACUCUAACUUGCAUGUUAGUUACACCUGCCUUUAAUUUACUCGGAAAUAGCAACGAACGCUGCAAUUUCUUGCCCUGUCAUCGCAGUCCUUAUGAGACACCAUGAGCAAUUUGGUUGGAGACGAUCAACAGCUCUUCCAAAAUGAAGAAGACCGUCAAGGUGAGUUGCUGUGCUUGAAGAUUAAAACCCAUUUGGAGGAGCUCUUCUCUGACAGCCACCUGGCAGAGGACGGCUUUUUGCUCAAACAUGUGCAGAAGAACAGGCAGGGCUUCGUCAGUCUCAAGCUUCUCACUUGUUUGAAAAAGAUAAGGACCCUGACCAAAAACUGGAACAUGACUCUAGCGGGAGCAAUGUACUCGGACCUUCUGGAAGUGAAUGAUGAACGCACCAAAGUGAGGCGCAUAGAGCCGCUUCCCAAACGGCUGCUGUGUUCCCCCACCAGCAAGCUCCUCCUCACCUGGAACAUUUCUGAGGAGCAAAGCAGAGAAGGGGGUGCAGCCCAAGACCCGGAGCAUGCCGCGCUGUCAGAGAGGGUGCUCCAAAAGUUCAGUGUUCAUGGCAAAGUUACCUCAGUCAGGAUCCUGCCACCUGGCAGGGAACUUCCCACAAACCUGCAGUGCUAUGCCAAACAUCACAAAGAGCUUGGCCAGCACUUGUGUGCAGUGGUCAAGUUUGACAAUUUGGAGCUGGUUCGUAAGGUCUACAGCACCCUGAAGGCAGAAGAGGAGAAAUCUAAUGGGAAGGGCAUGUAUGUGGUGCCUUUGGGAUGCCAGUCAAUGCACUGUUUCACCGAGGAUGAAUCAUCAGAAGAAAAAAGCAAGGGCCAACUUAAGGAGGAAAAUCCACCUGAAAUCCCAGAGGACUUAACCCAGCAGGAGCAUUCUUCACCCAUUACGGUUUCUGAUAAACCUCGAGACACAUGUCAGCCCAAAACAUGCUCGGGUGACUCUGCACAACAAACGUCUGACCAAAUUUUCACCAGCAGCAAUAUCCAGACCUUCCCUCGCUGGAAUCAUAGGGACAGUAUGACGAGGUGGUGCUCUGGAGAUAACCCGUGGGUGCACAGGCGCAAAUUAGCAGCCGGUGCAUCAAACUUCAAAGUGCACCUGAACACGCCGAGGCAGAGGGUGCUUCGUCAGCCCUUCGGCCCUGAUGGCACCAGAGGUUUUAAGCGUCAGAGGGAGGCACCAGGAACAGCUCAGCCUCCCCAGGAUAAAGUGCCAUUCACAGAUUUAUGAUGCGAGACCUUACAAGAAAACCAUUAAAAGCUGAGAAAGAGAAAAAAAAAAAAGUUU